UUCUUGCCUGUGCAUGCUCAAGAUCGUCACUCACAUAGAGUUCUGACCGAAAAUUUGUAGUGAAAUACCGUAAUCAUGGCUUCGGCUUCGAAGAAAGAGAGUGUCAACCGCAAUCUACGGUCCGUGUUGAUCACGGAAAAGGCAGGAGUUGCACUGAAUCGCUUGCAAGGAGAGUAUCAAGCAUUACUGGGUGAGACCAUACCUUUUAAAGAGUUUGGGUUCCCUUCGCUUGAGGCUUAUCUGAAGUCCAUCCCGGCUGUAGUUUCCAUCAGACGGGGUCCAACUGGGGAGAUGAUGUGUGCGGCGGUUGCUGACGAGACGACCAAGCAUAUCGCUAGCCUCGUCAGCAGACAGAAAGGCAAGAAGUCCAGAGGGCGAGGGAUAAGGUCCAAACCUGGAAGGUCCUAUGCUCAUCCAACGUACGCCAUGUCCAAGGCUCGGCCCGCUGGCAAGCUCUACACCAGUCGCUUUGUGCCUAAAACAGGGAGGUCAGGGAGGUACAACACGUCAUUCAAACCGGCAGCAGCACAGCAACCAAAGCCAGUCCGAUAUAAUCACACGUCCAAACCAGCGUACACUCAUCAAACACAGACGGUCAAAUACAACCCGAUCAGACCGAAAGAGACAACAGCACCUAAACCCCUAAUGUACACCCAACAGGCUCGACCAACCGCAUCCCAACAGUCUAGACCGACAGCAUUCCAACAGUCUAGACCAACCGCAUCCCAACACUCUAGACCAACCGCAUCCCAACAGUCUAGACCCACAGCAGGGCAACAGUCUAGACCGACAGGAUCCCAACAGUCUAGACCCACAGCAGCGCAACAGUCUAGACCAGCAGGAUACCAACAUUCUAGAUCGACAGAACCCCAACAGUUCAGACCAACGGCAGCCCAAGAGUCCAGACCGACAGCAGCUCAAAAACCCACAGCCGCCGAAGGAGAUACCAAGCCACUUGUACCAACAGCAACUACUCAGCUACCCAACCCUGGUCCCUGGUCUGGUAAACUUGGCUCCAAGAAAAGUCAACAACCUGCCAAAACAACGACAGUAGGCACAACUCAGUCAUCGACUUGGAAGCCAGCCGAUGACUGGAGUGCUACAAACGGUCUCUCCUCCUCCUCUAAACCAAUCCAUGAGAACAUUCAUGUGACCAUCCCCAAUGAUGGGGCUCGCCAAGUGAACAGUCAAGCAUCCAAACCCGUUCACAAUAACAUUCAUGUCACCGUCUCCAACAAUGGUUAUCGUCAAACUGAGGUGUCACCCCAGAAGCCAAAUGGGAGACCAGGAAAACCCAGUAAACCGGAGUGGUCGUCUAACUUUGAGGUACCGCCUCGCUUCAAGAGAUUAGUGUCCCCAACAGGUACUAUAAAUGAAGGUUUCCAUAAUACCCGGGAGUCUUCAUUGAACUCUGACCCAUCACCAAAUUAUGACCCAACACCAAACUUUGACCAAUCACCACCCAGCAUUGCACAGCAACCGUCGUCAACGUCAACAAAUAAUGUUCUCUCUGAAACAGCCAAUGAAACAUACAGCUGGAUUCAAACUGUACUUGGUGAAAAGCCAAAUGGUUUGUGGGCAAGUGCUCUGUGUGACAGGCAUCUGAAAGAGUUUGGUCAGCCUCUGGAUACUGACAUCAUCGAGCAAAUGAAUAAGCUCAGUCUGCUUGAGAAAGAAAGCAUCGCCAACAGUGACAUCCUGUAUCCUAAACUAACUGGAGCCCCAACUGUCACGCCAGUUACACAUGGCAGGUCAGGACAGAAAAACAAUGCAGAGCACGGGAACCAGACUGGAAACGGAACCCCACAAAGUUGUCUCCAUGGAAACACAUCAACCAAGCCCUUUGAUCACACUAAGCCAGUCCAUUCAGGAAACCUCUUUGGAGCAAACCUUGACAUUGCGCUCAUUCUAAGGAAUGUGUGUAAGAGACAAAACUUGCCAGUAGAGUUCUACGUAGACUCCACGAAGCAACCUGGAAAGUCUGCAGUGUGCGUGAUCUGCACUGCAGGCACAGAUGUUGCCACAGCACAUGGGCUAACCAUAGGUACCGCUAAGCAAGCUGCAGCGGGUGAAAUCCUUCAGCAGUGGAACGUGGCUCCUAGCGACCUAGGCAAUACCCCGCAGGUCUCUCCAGAUGAGUGCGUCCAAAGUACCACAGACCAUGAUUAUGAAACCCAGCUUCAAAAUGAAAAAAUCAUGAAGAGGUUGAGAAGGUUUGGUCCAGCAGACGAUCUAAAAGGUAGUGAGAAUCUGUUCCUAAGAGAGGAGCAUGUUAAAGGCUUCUGCAGUUGCUUUGGCGGGCGUGGCACUUGUCCAUUUCAGAUCCCAGUCUCUCCUGAAGAUUGCAUGGAAAGAGCCAAAGCCUACGACGAGAAAGCCCAAGAACAAAAUGAAAAACUGUUGAGGAGGCUGAAGAGGUUUGGUCCAAUAGAAGAUAUUUCAGAUGAGGAGAAGCUGUACUUGAGAGUUGAGCAUGUUGGAGGCUUCUGCAGCUGCUUCAGCAGUGGGCACAAAUGCCCAUUUCAGAUCCAGAUCUCUCAGGUGGAUGGCAUCAACAGAAGCAAAGAGACUGUCCAGGAUGAGAAAGCCCGACUACAAAAUGAAAAACUGAUGAUGAGGUUGAAGAGGUUUGGUCCAACAGGAGAUCUGCAAAAUCAUCCACGUGGCAUUUUUUCCUCGACCAGAAGUGAAGACAAAUUUUGUGUGUUGAAUUCCGGAAAGCCGGACCAUCGUAGAGCAACUCCUGCUGUUGAAGGGAAGAGUGACUUUGACAUACAUGUAGAAGAAGAAACCAUUAAUCAUAUAAGUUGUUCAGAUGAAGUAAAUCAACGUGGUCUGUCAGAACCAACGUCAAGUGCCACAUUUCCACUCGCCAAAACAUACAAAUCAUUUGAGAAUCCAUUGGCACCAGAAUCUCGGAGAGCAACAGAUCAGGAGGUUCGGCAGGCUCUCAAAGUAACAUUUGGUAAAACCGCCAUCUACGAGACUGUCAAGCACAUGGGAACUAAAGAAGACCCACUCGUUAGUGUGUGCUUCAUGGCAGGGGCGUUCGUCGGAAUCGGGAGGGGCGGCACAAAGACUGAAGCGAGGAAGGCAGCUCUUGAAGAUCUGCUCAAGAAGCAGGGAGAGUUCUUACGAGUAAAGAGUGAACUCCAGGAACAGGCGGCGAAGGGAAAGAAUGCCAUCCUUCAAGAGUCUCUGAUGGAUUUGAGUCUUGAUUCUGACGAGGAGAAGCUAGAGGUAAAAUCGGAGCCAGCAGCCACUGUUUUUGAUGAAGUACUUGUACAGGAUGAACAAGUAGUGAGUGUGAAGGUUGAAGCUGGAUCAGUAACUGGACUACAGACACAAGCUUAUCUCCCACCAGCACUUCCCCAGAAUGGACAGUUGUCACCACCACCCAAUAUGGUGGACUCUGCUGAAAUGAAACCCGUAAUUGGUCCAACCAGGCAGCCUUCGCAUGGGCGUGGUUACACAAGAUGGCAAGUUGAUCCUCAGUACAGGUCAAACAGUUCACCCAGAUUGCCUGAAGAGGAUACGCCCAGUGAGGGGUACAGCUCGCCCACUUUAGGGGUACCUAGUUCCCUCAGUGAGCCUAGCAGUAGACCGCCCUCCACAGUGGCACCCGGUAGCAGACCAUCCUCAGCGGAUUCACCCAGUACACUCGGGGAACCGUGCGAGGAAGGGUACAGUUCACCUACUUCAGAAACGCUUGGUUCAUCCAGCGAGCCCAGCUAUGAGGGGAGUUACUCGACCAUUGAUGCACCCGGUGUGCCCAGUCUGGUGCUACCCGAGGAGAAGGAAUGGGAUCUGUAUGUAGCGUAUAUCAAGAGUUUGUCGGACUUCUACGCCAUUCUUAUUGGAGAUGACUAUUCGGAGCAAAUGAUAAUCAUGGAGGAAGCGAUGCGAUCAUUCUACCAGUGCAGUACGUGGGUACUGACUGAGCCACCAGAGGUAGGAGUGUGCUACGCUGCAGAGUUCAACAGGGAAUGGCUCCGGGUACAAGUUACGUCAGUAGAGGAUGAGCAGGUGAAGUGCUUUUUACUUGACCAUGGGGACACUGAGAGUGCAACAAUAACCUCCCUCAGACCGCUGGCAGAAAAGUUUCUGCAGCUUCCGUUCCAGGUUAUUCAUUGUAAGUUAUCGCAGUGUGAGCAAGUGGCUCAUGAUGAUAAGACGGCCCUCCAGAUGUUUUGCCAACUUGCUCUGGGGAAAAGUCUCCUAGCUGAAGUUGUCUCAAGAGAUGGUGACCGGAUAGAGAUGGAGCUUUUUGAUAGCUCAGAUGUAUCCAUCCUGGAGCAGUGUUCAACUGCUGGAAUAUAAACCAAACAUGCGCUACUUUUCUAAAACAUUUUUUUAGUCGCAAUCUUGAUGGAAGUGAUUGUUGUCUCCUUGUUGGUUAUUCUUAAGACAUGAAGACACCUAUAUGUAGACCCUCUUAGAGACCCUGGAAUAUAAACCAAAAAUGCGCUGCUUUUCUACGCUGUUUUUUUUUAUACUCUUAAUUCUGGUGGAAUGGAUGGUUUUCUCUUUGUUGGUUAUUCUUAGGGUGUGAAGUCACCUCGUCCCUCUUUGAGAUCCCGGUUCUGUCCAAUCUGUUUGAGCACCAUGAGCGAAUAAUGGACAGUGGUAGUCUAAAGUCCAAGCCAAGGCCUUUGUAUUAUAGAUGUCUCUUUUGGUUUUGUUUAUGUUACUCAGAUACUAAUUCUGGUUAGGGUCGGCCAUAAUAUGCCCAGAGACCCUUUGAAGUGGAUGUCACUUUUUAACCUUUCAAAGAACAAUGUAACGCACAGCAAUGUGGGAUGAAUUUGUUGUAGAUAGGAUUUUAACAGUACUUUCUUGUUCUGGUCUCACAGCUAAAUGUGUGUGUACGUGUAAGUUCAGGGAGGACUGGGAGUGGGGUAGAAAAAUCACCAGUGCAUUGAAAAUUGAAAUUGUAAAAUGGUUGCCUUUUUCAAACCCUCUUUGUACAAAAGCUAUAAAUAUAAUAACAGACAAAGAAAAGCUUUAGUCCAUGUGAUAGGCCUACGUAUGUUCUGGCAAAAUAAGGCAGAACUGUACAAGGUAGGUUGAAUAAAACUGUGCGCUAGUUGUUAAGUUUUCAUGAGAUUUCAGUAGCACUGUAAGCCGUAAGAUGAGUAGCUUGGGCUUUAUCUUUUGCUAGAACGUGAGGCAUGGCAUGGGCGCCAUUUUGGUAAUAAAAUCAUUGUUGUAGCGUUGACAAUGAUUGAUAGCAAUACUCAUUGAUCUAUGGUUGCAUUUCAAGUUGCCGCUUACUAAAAUGGUGUCCGAUGCAUGUUCGCACAAUUGUGUCUUUAAAAACUUUUUAAAACUUGUGAUUGAAAUGUAUUAUUACAAUAACGAACGCAUUUGUAUGCAGGCCCUAUACUCUGUUCCUGUGAGGGCAAGGGCAUUUUUUUUUUUAUAGUAAAGGGCACCUUCUUGAAGUUGCCACUUAAAUUUUUCAAGAGGCACAAUCAAGGAAUUGGUGAAGGAUUUGGGGGCAGUCGUCUUGACUCCUUCAAGUAUCAUGCUUGUCUCAAAUUAUUUUCAAAAACCCUUUUAGGAACUAAUAAAAACUCGUUCAGGUUUUUUAUUUGAUCUGAUUUGGAAAGAACACAUAAAUCCUUCUUGCCUAUUGAUAACAUUCCAUGAAUAGCUUUGAACCAAAAUGCCCUUUAUUUUUGUUUAUCUUCAAUCGAUGUCCUUUAAUCUUGCUUUACUUGUUAUUUCGUUGUUGUACAUGUUUUUUUUUUCCAAUUAGCAUAAGUCCAUAUCUUGCUUUUUAUAUUUUUACUUUAACAAAUUGAGAAAAUUAAAAGAGAACACAAUGCCUAGGAGGUUGAUCUCAAGUAGUUGCGGGAGAAGAGGCUCAACUUCUUUGAGGAAAUGUUUUAGUAUAACAACCAAAUUUCAGAUUUAUUAAGCCAAUCGUUAUUUUGUUCACAUUUUAAGAAAAAUAUGUUCUUUGACCUACGUUUGUACUCUAGUACUCUGGAGACAAUGUUACUAAUAAUGCUCUGUGAAAUCUUGACUUUAUUGGUUACCAAAAGGUGGAAAUCUAUUUCUACCUCGAUGUUUCACCGAAGCUUGACAAAUUUGAGUCCUAGUUUUUAACUUUUUUUUGUCGGCAACAACUAUCACAUAUCUGGUAAUACAUUCAUCUUCUUACACCACACAAUUUAUCCCUGGCGCUCCCAAAUGCUCUACUCAAGACAUGCAAGAAGUUAUACAUAUCACUUUGUACAUGCAUGAUAUCCUUCCUACAGGUACUUAAGUUUUUGUUGUUGUUUUUUUUAGCCCUCAGAAAAACAAGCAAUUUUUUAUUUUAAAUGCACUAUCAUGGGUACAAAAGCCUUAACCAAAUACUUGUAGGUCAGCCCUUGUACUCCGCAAAGUUUUCAUAAUUGUUUUUACAAGAGACAAAUUUAGAUGUAUAUAGGAUUUGACACUUCUAGGUUCUAAAUAACCAUUACAUAUACAUGCAUGUCCAUAUAACCUGUGACAUCAGGUUUAUUACAAAAGAGCAACAGAUCAUGGACUGUCUACCAUGUGUGCAGGCAAAAUUUGUACACAGAUCAAUGGAAGAUAACACUAAUACUGGGGGCGCAUCUCAAAACUUGUUCAAUAAGUUGAUAUUUUUCAACUCUGGAAUUUAUGUGGUUAUUAUGAUUCAAAGUGUUAACUUUUCCAUCAUUAUUAUGACAAUUUUGAAAUCUACACCAUACAUGUAUGUCAGCCAUUGUACUAAAUCACAAUUGCUGCACAAACGAUGUAAUGUAUAUGCAAUGUAAAUAAGAAACCUACAUGUAUGUUGAAAUAUCACAACAUGUUUUGCUUAUUUGACUUCAUUCUACAAAUACACCCCCGUACCAGUGUUCCUGUCAUUUGACGCACGGUUUGUUUACUGCAUUUAAGUGAGGGAACAGGGUACAUGUAUAUGGCCUUUCUUUCUGACUGUUGAGCAGAGACAAAGUCUUUUCCAUUCUUUCGCAAAACUGUUAUUAAACCAUGAAGUCAUAAGUGCUAAGGUCUAAAAAUUGGUGUUUAGAGGACAUUUUGCUUUUGUUGGAAAUUCUUAAAGGAUUGGUCUAGGUAUUAAAUGUGUAUGUAAAAAAAAUAUUGGUGAAGUCUAUUAUUAGUUUAACAAACAACCCAAUCCAAACAUUUAAAGUCAUCUUUUUUUUUUACCUAAAGAAUCACUUUGGUACAUAUAGUACAUGGAUGUCCGAUAUUGAAAUGAUUUCAUUAUCAGUCCGAAUACUUGAUGUCCUGUGUGUGCAUGGGAUCUUUUUCUGGUCAAGUACUUAUUUCUUGUUGUCAAUCCCUUAACCUGUUGUAAUUACAGUACAUGUUUCAAUCAAGCCAAAUUUGUCUGUGUGGUGAUGUUUAAAAUGUACUUAUUUUUAUAUUGAUUUUAUUUCUAUACAAAGUUACUUUUAAAUAGUUUUGUAAAACCUUGAUGGUGAUGCACGUAAAUAAAAAGAAAACAGAUGUUAAAUAAAUGUA